CAUCAGUCAAUAUAAUAAAGAGGUUAGACUAUAAGCUUCAGAAUGAUGAAUAAAAUUAUAGUGUAAAUGUUACAAUUUAAUGUAAUUGUAUCUAAAAAUGACUCUAACAUUUUUACUUUUAUCUUUAACAGUAUUAUGUGUGUUCAAAAACACACGUGCUAUAUCUCAAAUAAGUAAGGAGCAUUUAAAUAAACGACUUGUUGGACAUGAAAUAUAUGAAAUACGUGUUAAUGGACGACAUGACUGUAUCCGCAAAUGUUUCUUUCUGCCAAUGUGUAAAAGUACAGAUUAUAAUGGAAAUGACCAUAUGUGUAAAUUAAAUGAUGUGGACAGCACUUCUGUCGAUAUGACGGAGUUUGAGGACAAACCAGGAGCAGUAUUUUCUGAUAUCACAGAAUGGCCAAUGGCAAUAGCAGGUGCAUGCGGCCAUCGACCCUGCUCAGAAGAACAACAACGAUGUCUUCCCCAUAAAAACACUUAUCGAUGUGCAGAUACGGAGAAAGAGGCCGACUGCAAAGAGAUCAAGAACAAAUAUCCCUUGGCUAAAGACGGUGUAUACACAAUACAGCUAUGGUUGUCUCAUCAAGUAAAGUCUGUUUAUUGUGACAUGACAACGGACGGUGGUGGAUGGACGGUAGGUUUUGUGUAAGAGGGUAGUAUAAGAAUAAUUGCGUGAUUUCGUAAAACAAUAUUUUCAGGCAUAGCCAAAGCUAUAAAUUCUUAACGAUUUUAUACCAUACUGUCUCUUAAAUAAAUACGUGAUCUUUUAGACAUUAAUAAACUAAUUAAAAAUAUUGAUUUUUUGAACUUACAAGAGGUAGACUAGAUUUUUACGUUCACGGUUUCAAUAACCCUUUCAGAUAUUUAUUGAUAUGCAUGAUGACUUUAUCUUCACCAAUAUGACACAGUCCUUCACAUUCAUAAUUCAGGAUGCCUACCAAAUAAGCAUCUGUAAAUUCAUUGUCUUUCCCUUUUUUAAGUAUUCUAUAUUAAUAUAAUUACAAUUUAUGAGUUUUUUUAUUACGUACCAGAGACAACAUUUAUAUAACUUCCA